AUGAGGCUUGGCAUGAGGCAAACAGCCACUCAGCUUCUAGAAGGCCCCUCCAUAUUCUCCGGAAGAUUGAUGGUGCGGAGCCUAGCGCACUUUGAUUUCGCGGCCGCAUCCCCCAGCUUCGCGACGGCCUGGGAUUUUUCGAUUGACACGCGCAGCACCAGGAAGCGUGGAGCGCAGCCUUCCAUCAAUAGUUAA